AUGGCACCAAAGAAAGCAAGUGGUAGUGCGAGUACCGAGAAGAGGAGGAUGAUGUCCCUCGAAAUAAAGCUUGACAUCGUCGAGAAGCAUGAGCAAGGCAUGCGAGUAAAGGAACUGGCCAAGCACUACAACUAUUUACAACAGCAAAUCCCAGGCACUUCAACGGAGGAGGAAUCCUUUAAAGCAAGUCGGGCCUGGUUUGAUAAUUUUAAGAAAAGGACGGGGAUUCACUCCAUUGUUAGGCAUGGUGAGGCAGCAAGUGCUGAUGUAAAUGCAGCAGAAGAGUUCGUGAAAACUUUCGCAGAAUUCGUCGAGGCAGAAGGAUACAUCCCCCAGCAAAUCUUCAACUGCGACGAGACAGGGCUCUUCUGGAAGAAGAUGCCGAGGAGAACAUACAUCACCGAAGAGGAGAAGAAGAUGCCAGGACACAAACCUAUGAAGGAUAGGUUGACCCCCGCCCUGUUAGCAAAUGCGAGUGGUGACUGCAAAAUAAAGCCGCUACUCGUAUACCAUUCGGAGAACCCCAGAGCCUUUGAAGCACACAAGAUAAUAAAGGAGAAACUCCAUGUUAUGUCGAGGGCAAACCCUAAGUCGUGGGUCACCAGGCAGUUCUUUAUCGACUGGGUAAACCUUGUGUUUGGUCCUUCGGUGAAGAAAUAUUUGAAGGACAACAACCUGCCCCUGCGAGCCUUUCUCGUCCUCGACAAUGCUCCUGCACAUCCACCACAGAUCGAGGAAGAAAUACUUGAUGAGUAUAAUUUUGUGAAGGUUCUCUUCCUUCCUCCAAACACCACCUCUAUCCUUCAGCUAAUGGACCAACAGGUAAUAUCAAAUUUCAAGAAACUCUACACCAAACACCUGUUUUGCCGUUGCUUUGAGGUGACGGAGAACACAAACCUCACCCUUCGAGAGUUUUUGAAGGACCAUUUUAACAUAGCAAUAGGCCUCAAAAUCAUCGAUAUUGCCUGGCAGGGGGUUACGAAAAGGACCUUGACCUCUGCUUGGAAGAAGCUGUGGCCUGAAAAUGUGGCUGAAAGAGAUUUUGAAGGGUUUGAGAUUGAGGAAGAAGAGGAGCCAGUGGGGGGAAGAGAUCGUGUCCAUUGGCAAGACUAUAGGUCUGGAGGUGGAUGA